AUGGUGGCCCCUCAAAGAAGAAGCUUAGAACUCAUACCUAAUGAGGGCACUCGGAAGAUGACCUUUCAGAAGCGAAAGAAGAGUAUAUAUAAAAAGGCCGACGAGCUUUCAAAGCUUUGUGAUAUCGAUGUUUGCUUGAUCGUCUACGAAGCCGAUCAAAAGAAGGGAAGGGCAGUUCAACCGGAGACGUGGCCGCGAGAUCCAACUCAAUUCAAACGCAUUCUCAACAAGUACAAGGAUUCUAAGGAUAUGUCUGCGCCCGGAUUGAAGAGAAACUUUAAUAUGUCCGAUUUUUAUGAGGACAAGAAAGAUUACGAUGACGAAAAGUUUCAAAAUUUAGGGAAGAAGAUUUUUGAGGAGGAAUACCCGACAAAGUUUCAAAAUUUAGGGAAGAAGAUUUCUGAGGAGUACCCGACAUGGGACGAUCGAAUAGAUGAUUUUUCGCAGGACAAAUUGACUAUGCUCAUUGCUUCACUCGAAUCUAAGAUACAAGUAGCAACCAAGAAGAUUGAUUCUAUGGAAAGAUAUAUGGG